AUGGCAAGGCCACGGGCGUCCGAGCAAGAACUCAUGUGGAAAAAGCUGCUCGCCUGCUCCACCGAGCUCUCGGCCGAAAGUGGCGAAGGUCCGGCGACCACAAGCAUCGCACCGGAUGUAAAAAGCACUAAAAGCCAUAAAAAUCGUCGAAAUAAUCAAUUUUAGGCCGUGGAAUUUGUCGAAAAAGCGGUCGCCGCCGGCGCUGCUAUGCAAACCGGAAUGUUGAUUAAUUUCGAGGCGUACGGCACGACGGAACCCCACCGAUGGAGCCAAAUGCCGGAAGUGUGCACUCGCGCUCGGGUAAUCACUUAAAAACCUGAAAAAUUCACAAAAAUUUUGAAUUUUUAGGAAUUGGCCGAGUCGAUUGACGAUUUUCUGAGCAUCGGCAACUAUAACGGAAGUUUCGAGGGCAUCCGGGCUUUGAACGCUUUGAAAGGCUUGACGGUUGGCGCAAAUUGCUGAAAAAUAGUAAUUUAACGGAGUUUCUGCAGAUUGACGUGCAAGACAUGGAAACGCGGCUCGCUUUUCUGCGUCUCGUUCCGUUGCUCGCCGAGAACCGGCUCUCUUUUCAGGAGCACGUCUCGCAGCACGAGGUUUUCAUUGAAUACCUCAAGCAGUUGGACAAAAACACCGAGAGGAACGAGUACAGCACGGUUACCCGCCCUUUUCCAUAACAUUUUGCAAGAAUCUCAAACAUUUCAGCCACUCAACGAGUUCGCGCCGCCGCCACUCCUCAAAGCCUAUCUGUCGGCGAUUUCGGCGAUCUGCCGCUCGAGUCACAUCGCUUUUUACACAUUUUACAAGAAUAACGGCCUCGAGCGCUUCCUGAAGCUCGUGCGGAAGUGCCCGGACGAUGAGGUGGCCGUCAGAGCCAGCCGCAUCAUGAUCAACAUCUUUGUGACGGCUCCCGAAGAUUGUUAGUUGGUUUUUUUUUUCAGAAAAUUUGUUUGAACACGCUUCAAGCUUCACUGUUUUCGCUCAAAAUUGAUAAAGUUCAAAAUUCCCAUUAUUGCAGCAAGACAAGUGGUUCUCGAUACGAUCAUCAACAUGUUUAUAAAACUGAAGGCUCGGAAUCACCUAAUUGAGCAGUCGAUGACGGAUUCGGCACUCGAGGAGCGGCAGAUCCUGAAGGACCGGACGAGGAAGGCGAGAGCGGCCGGACAGCCCGAAUCGGUCAUCAACAACGACUGGAUGACCGUUGUCGACGAGACCAUCGACGAACUCGAGUUAGUGUCCGCAAAAUCGAAAGAUUUCGAUUUUCUCCGCUCAUUUUCAGCCAAAAACUACAUUUCCAUGAAAUCUCGAUAAAUUGUGCUUAUUCAGUCAUUAUUCACUAUUUUUCAGCAAUUCAGUGCUCAAACUGUUUUAUUGCAGAAAAAUCAUCACCGAGUACAGUUUCAUCGGCGUCUCGAAGCGAACGGUGGUGAGCUUCAGUUCGCUGCGCGAGGACCUCGACGAACCGCACGCCGACGUCGAGGCGGUCUGGAAGAUUCUGCGAUGCGUGGCCCAAGUGGAGCACCUGCGGGAACCGUCGGACCCACGACCGGGACCGAUUCAGGUGGAGGACAGCCAGCAACCGGGACCGAGCACUUCGGGACCACCGCCCGCCGCGACGAUUCCGGCGAGACGAGGACGCGGACGAGGCGCCAGGACCCGUCCCGGCCGCGGAAAAUAA